ACCCCGCUAUAUAACUUUACGUGAACUUGGGGUGUAAGUUUACCCCCUUGUGGGGUGCAACCUACCAAUAUGGAUUCACUGGUAUCAAUCUUCCUCUUGACCUGUCUCUUGUCGCUAUCCACUGCACAGAUACCCGGACCUGUUCAGAAUCUUGUCAUCAACAAUAUUCAGCAAUGGGGGUUCACAGCGGCCUGGGAUCCACCAAAUACUGGCAACACCCCAGAGUUUUACAAUGUGACCAUAACAAAUACUAACACUAAUGAUGUGUAUGAAAGAUCCUUACUCCCCAAUGAUGAUGGGGCAUAUGAGAUUGAUCAUCUCUACGAUGAUACCACUUACAUGUUCAGCGUUGUGGCUGUCAACUCUGAUGGCCAAGGGGGAUUGGCAGUUGAAAAUACUGGCAUCAAUAUUCCACCUUGCCAACUGUGCCUGAACAGUGCAACUGAAGGACCAAGCUUUUUCCGCCUGAUGUUCCCUGCUACGGGUGUGACCACCAUUAUUUCUGGAACAUCAGUGGACGCGUCCACGCGACUUACUGGAACCCAGCGUACAAUCAGCCCACUGUUAACAUCCACAUUUUUCCUGGGGCUUCAAGGGGGUUUGCUGUAUGAACUGCAAAUGACAGACGCUAACACACAAACCAUUGUUUACUCAUCUCGGUAUAGAACAGUUCCUAAUCCGGCAACAAACCUUCUGCUGAGCCCCGAUUCCAGUACCAGCGUACAAGUGACUUAUGAGCAGCCUAUCGGAACUCAGUAUCACAAGUAUGAUGGCUUCAGGAUCACGUAUGGUGAUCAAGAACGCUUUGUGGGAAGUAGCGAUACGUCGGUGGUAAUCGAUGGUCUACAGGCGGGGAUUUCAUACACCUUUGAAGUUCAGACGUUCAGUGGCGAGUUAGCUGAUCGUACAUACUCUAUGCCUGCAACCGAUGACAUAAUUCUUGUUGAUUUGUUUUUGGAAGCGAAUGCUACUACAUCAUUGUCAGUCGCGUGGGCCCUCCCCAGCAUUGAAGUCAGUGGAUUUCAGAUCCGAUACAGCAUUUUGGAUGCUUCAUCUUUCACCACUUUACCAUUUGGUGCAACUGUAACUUCUGCUAUACUGGAAAACCUAGAGCCGGGUAAGAUUUACCGGAUCAACCUCUACAUUGUGACAGCCGAGGGAACAGACCUUCUAACAGGAGCAGAAUUUCAAACAAAACAAGACUCAGAGGAACUACGCCUGCAGACAAGGACGUCCACGUCUAUCUUUGUCUCCUGGGGCAACACCACCCGACCAGAGGUGACUGGUUUCGUAUUGCGUAUUACCUUCCCGGAGGGCAGCUUGUUACAUACAAAGACUGUAGGCUUUGGUGAUGUCCUAGGCAUUGAAUUCAGCGACCUCAUCCCUGGCACUAACUACACCAUUUACCUGCUUGUUGAAGUAGAAGGCCAAUCGGAUACAACAGUACACUCCCUUGAUGUCACCACAUUGCCUGGAAUGCCAGGACGGGUCUCCUGUAUCUACAUCACACAAAGUCUGCUCCGGUUUGUGUGGGUCGCAACGCAGGAGGGUAACUUUGACGGUUAUGCUAUCAGCAUACAGACCGAUGAUGGCGAAGAGAUCCCUCUGGAAUCGGUAGGGAAGGAUGAGCAGCUUCAGGCGAUGGCUUACUACCUGAUGGACAGCACUAUCUACACCGUCAUCGUCAAGAGCACGCUAGGAGACUUACGAGGAGAACCUGCCACCACGAUCUGCAGGACAGAUUUCCAAUUCCUAAAGGUCUCCACCUCCACCUCCACCUCUGGGGGACAAGACCUGUUCCUCGACUGGCCCGACUUUGGGGCAUCUUCGUACGAGAUGGAAUAUACACCUCAGGAAGGUACCCCCAGCUCUCCCAUCAUCCUCGACACCAGCACAAUGAUGAUCCUCCGCAACCUGUCCCCAGGCACUGCAUACCAUUUUACACUAUUUGGAUUUUCUGAAUUUGGGAGAGGGCGACUUACCGGCGUGACCUUUGUGCUCGGUAAUAUACAUAUGAAUGAGUUAAUUGUGUAUUUGUAA